AUAUAUAAACCAGCCUCCAACAGGAGCCUGCAAACGCUACAGACUCCCCUCUCCUGACACAAUAACAUCCUUUCACUUUGCAUACAGAGGCUUAGGUCGCCUCUAAACACACAGCGGGACACACAAGCUGCGAUUGAGCCAGACAGACAGAGGAAAACUUUCACUUUGCUCUCACAUUGUGUAUCAUCAGAGGCUCACUGUCACAAUGGAUGUCUCUCCCGUCUCUAUAUCCUGUCAUUUUAUGAUGAGGCCUACAUACAAACCCUACAUAGCUAGCUAGCAAUACAUUUUGAUUUCUUCCCAUUAGCGCUUUUAGAACUGAAUUAAUAGGUUCUUUAAUCCAUUUUGUGGUAGAAAUUUACACAUAUUACCUCAUAAGUCAGCAUCAAACCACAAUCAUUUGGCUUUGUUUAACUUUCAUUGUUGUAGUUAAAUUGAAUUGGAAGUAGUGAUGGAUACAACAACACUAGCAACCCUGGCUGCGGCCACCACCGUGGCUCUGGCUCAGUCCACCAUGUCAGGCUACUUGUGGCUGUUGGUGUUAGGCUUCAUCAUCGCCUUCAUCCUUGCUUUCUCCGUGGGGGCCAAUGAUGUGGCCAACUCCUUCGGUACUGCAGUGGGCUCCGGAGUUGUCACCUUACGUCAGGCCUGCAUCCUGGCCACUGUCUUUGAAACAGUGGGCUCAGUGCUGCUGGGGGCCAAAGUCAGUGAGACCAUCCGAAAGGGGAUCAUCGACGUCCAGAUGUACAACGGCUCCGAACACAUCCUGAUGGCAGGAUCGAUAAGUGCGAUGUGUGGCUCUGCUGUGUGGCAGCUGGCUGCAUCAUUCCUGAAGCUCCCCAUUUCUGGAACCCACUGUAUUGUUGGAGCCACAAUUGGAUUUUCCAUGGUAGCCAGAGGUUACCAAGGGGUCAAAUGGAUGGAGCUACUGCGCAUUGUGGCAUCCUGGUUCCUGUCACCUGUGCUGUCUGGCAUCAUGUCAGGAAUUCUCUUCUAUUUUGUUCGCAAAUUCAUUCUGAACGAGGCUGACCCUGUACCCAACGGCCUCAGAGCUCUACCUGUCUUCUACGCCAUCACCAUGGGCAUCAACCUCUUCUCCAUCAUGUUUACGGGGGCACCACUGUUGGGUUUUGACAGAGUGCCGUGGUGGGGUACACUGUGCAUUCUGCUGGGAUGUGCCUUCGUCACAGCUUUGGUCGUUUGGUUCGUUGUCUGUCCAUACCUCAAGAAGAAAAUCAAGCGAGAAACAGCCCCUGCUCCCUGUGAAACUCCACUAAUGGAUAAGAGUUCCAGCAAACCUGCUCCAGUAGAGCCGUCCUCGACCCCGUGUGAACCUCAACCUCAGACUCCUCCAGCAGACAGUCAAAGGGUGGCUUUCAAACUUGGAGGUUCAGAGGAAGCUGACUUGGACAACAACGACAUGGAAACUAAAGACUUGGAUAUUGGAAAUGGUCUGAAUGGCACUGUUGGCCCCAUGAUGAUCACUGAUCCUCACAGUGGACGGUCCCACACCAUCCACAAAGAUUCUGGCCUCUACAAAGACCUGCUGCACAAGCUGCACAUGGCUAAGGUUGGUGACUGCAUUGGUGACAGUGACACAGAGGAGCGGCCCAUCAGGAGGAACAACAGCUACACCUCCUAUACCAUGGCUAUUUAUGGCAUUCAAGGAGAUCCCAAAUACAAAGACGUGGAUGGUGGGCUGCAGAGAAGGUCGAGGGUGGACAGUUACAGCAGCUACAGCUCUGCGUUGACCAAUGGGAGUGCAGUCCAGGAGGAGAGCGUGAAUCAGGAGGCUGGCAAGGAGCUUGCUCUGGAAGAAGAUGAGCUGGAGGUCGACCAGCCAGCUGUCGCUUUGCUUUUCCAGUUCCUGCAGAUACUGACCGCGUGCUUUGGUUCCUUUGCUCAUGGAGGGAACGAUGUCAGCAAUGCGAUCGGUCCACUGGUGGCUCUCUGGCUUCUGUAUGAGAGCGGCUCUGUGGUGUCCAACUCACCAACACCCAUUUGGUUGCUUCUUUACGGCGGAGUGGGUAUCUGCGCUGGACUCUGGGUAUGGGGCCGAAGAGUGAUGCAGACCAUGGGCAAAGACCUUACACCCAUUACACCCUCCAGUGGAUUCAGCAUUGAGCUAGCUUCAGCACUCACAGUCGUUGUGGCAUCCAAUGUCGGUCUUCCUGUCAGCACAACCCACUGCAAGGUGGGAUCUGUGGUGGCUGUGGGAUGGCUGCGCUCCAGAAAAUCAGUUGACUGGCGUCUGUUCAGGAACAUCUUCAUCGCCUGGUUUGUCACAGUCCCUAUCUCUGGGCUGAUCAGUGCCGCCAUCAUGGCUCUCUUCAUAUAUGUUGUUUUGUGAGCCACAGCCACACUGUUACUUCACAUGUCAGACUGCUGCCAGCAGUUUUUGUUUGACUGACUGAUAAAACUGGGCUAUUAACAUGUUCCAUUUGGUCCUAUUGAUGAUUUGUAUGAUAUCAUUCAGUGUCAUUUCAAGGUCAAGCCAAUAAUAUUACCUCACAGGAAUAUGUCCACGAAUGAUGUAGGAUCUAAUAACACUGUUCAAAUAUCCUGUGAUCUUGUAUAUCCCUAUGUAUAUUUGUACAAAAGCGAUGUGUAUUAAAAAUCAAAUAAUGAAAUUGUGAACGAAACAGAACAAUAAUAGUUAUAUUCUAUGUUUUCACAUUUGGAUGUAAUAAAAAAGGAGUUGCUUGAUUUUGCAGGAGUUUCAAUGUGUUAAACUCACUAUUAAAC